AUGGCAGAAAGCGCAUCUCUUCAUGCUCGACCUGAGCUGCACAAUGCAAGAGCAGGUCGAAGAAAACACCUCGAUAUUCAGUAUGAAAAUGAUCCCAUCAAAAAAGUUAAAGGUCCAAGUCCUAUUGCUAGAAAAAAACGUGUCGAGAAGGUACAAAAGCAACAUGUUGAUAAGGGUGAAAAGCCCUCUUGGGAGCCAAAAAACUGGCAUUUACAACUGCAAAAUAUAAGAGAAAUGCGAAAAGCUAAGGACGCUCCUGUAGAUACGAUGGGCUGCUCUGAAUUAUCGGAUAGAUCCGAAUCUGUAGAGGUACGAGUGCAAAGAUACCAGAUCUUAAUCUCCUUAAUGCUAUCCAGCCAAACUAAAGACCAAAUCACUGCAGCAGCCAUGCAUAGGCUCAAAAAUCAUGGUUUAACCAUGGAUAAUGUUAUGGCUACCUCGGACAAACAAUUGGGAGAAUUAAUUUUCCCAGUCGGAUUUUGGCAAAGAAAAGUACAAUAUAUUAAAAGGACUACAGCAAUGUUAAUCGAAAAGUACAACAAGGAUAUCCCACCGACGCUGGAUGAAUUGAAGGCACUGCCUGGGAUCGGACCUAAAAUGGCUCAUUUAAUAAUGCUUUCAGCAUGGAAUUCGGUUGUCGGUAUUGGUGUGGAUACACAUGUCCAUCGUAUCUCCAAUCGCCUAAAGUGGGUAAAGAAACCGACUACUGACCCAGAGAAAACAAGAAUAGCUUUAGAAGAAUGGUUACCGAGAAAUGAGUGGAGAGAAAUAAAUUGCUUAAUGGUUGGGUUUGGUCAAACUAUAUGUCUGCCUAUUAAUCCAUUAUGCGAUAAUUGCCUUAACAAGCCUAUCUGCCCGUACGGCAAAAGAGGAAGAUAG